GGCAGAGAGCAGCUGCUCAGAUUUCAAGCAGAUCCCUGGACGCAGAGCUGGGGAGUGACUGGGACCUCUGGAGGAAUAUCCUGGAGUGGGAGGAAUACUUUGGAAAGCUGUGCUCGAGGCUUUUAAUGAAUCAUGGCUGAGUCGGGGUUGGAAGUGCACUUGCAGACCCUGCUGGGGGUGGGCCUAGCUGUGCUGUGCUUCUGCCUGAUAUUCGGUUGCAUCCUGUGCUGGCGUCGAGAGAGGUCCCGGCCCUACCAAGACAAGGCCUCGUCCUCGGAUCAUGUGGCACUGGACCUGGGCCCCGCCUUCUCCCGUAAGAUCAGCCCAACCAGCCCAAUACCCAUCAAACAGCAGUACCAGGAGCUGGAGGGGGACGUACUAGAAUACCCGGCCCAGCCCCCAUGCAGCUGCUCCUACCCGUCUCCAGAACAGAAAUUCAGACCGAGGAGCUCUUCUGAACUUGAAACCAACUACAAAACCAGUUACCAGCUGCAGAGACAGAACAACCUGUCGUCUUAUGAAAAAAGCCCUCCUUUCAAACCAGGCUGCCACGGCAGGGCAUCCCUACCCACAAUCCCCAAAUUCAACCUGGUCUCCAAAACCAAGCGAGCCUUAGAGAGGCGCUGCACCGUAACGGGAGCUGCCUUUAUCUACAACGAGCACAGCAAACUGAACAGCCCAGGAGCCAUCGAGCACAGCAAACUGAACAGCCCGGGAGCCAUCGAGCACAGCAAACUGAACAGCCCGGGAGCCAGCGAGCACAGCAAACUGAACAGCCCGGGAGCCAGGCUGCUGACCUCAAGAGUGAGGCAAUCCCACACUCUCCCGGGAGAGAUCUCAGAAAUCAGUGGCAAAGUUCCCCCAAGAAUCCAGUUCAGCCUCUUCUUCUCCCCCAAUGAUGGGUCUCUGACCGUGUCUGUGCUCAGCCUGGCCAAUGUGCCGUGGAAGAUCGGGGUGAACGGGGGCUGCUAUGUGCGGCUGAGUCUGCUGCCCUGCUGCCUGGAGCCCCUGCAGACGUCUGUGCGGCGCCGGAGUCUGAGCGCCGAGUUCAGAGAGGAUUUCCAUUUCGAGGUGGGGGCUGUGGAGGAGCUGCGAGGCUGCACAUUGCGCAUGGCCGUCUUCUCCAAGGACUUCCCCAGCCUGAGAGCCUCCUGCCUGGGGGAGAUGCUUUUCCCUUGUGGGCAGGUGGAGUGGGGGACCGACCAACCUACCAGCUACAGUCAGGAGCUGAGCUCCACCAAGACCAAACUCAAAAAGAGUCAAAGCACCCAGGAUGUAGAGAGCCGCAGCAGCUCCAUCUCAACCCCCAAGGCCCUGGGCCAGCUCUUCAUCCUCCUGCAGUACCAGACACUGGCCCACAGGAUGAAGGUGAUGGUCCGCAAGGCAGAAAACCUGGGCAAGCUGAACCGCAUGCCAGGGACACCAGAUCACUAUGUGUUGAUUACCCUGCGGCAGGGGGGCAGUGUGAUUGGAAGCAAGGAGACAAAGGCGGCCAGCGGCUACAACGCGGUGUGGAACGCCCCCUUCCUCUUUGACAUGCCCCCUGGGGAGAUCCACGAGCUGCCCCUUUCCCUGGAGUUCAUCAUCAUGCAGGGGCGCAUCUACACGAGGAGCAGGGUCCUGGGCCGCGUGCUGAUUGGAUGUGAUGCUCUGGAGGAGGGGCAAGUGCACUGGAAGGACAUGUGCAGCCGAGGGCAGGUGGAGACAGCCAGGUGGCACACCAUCCAGCCGGAUUCACUGUAGAGUCCGGGCCAGAGGGGCAAGGAACUAUCAGGGAGUCCCGAGAAUCUCAAAUUGUAAACCUCGUCGAAAAUCCCAUUGCAACUCUCAACUGGCUGUGGAUAUCUUCUGAAUUGCAGCAGGCAGGUGGACAGGCCAUAUGAAUGACAUGAGAAGUGCUAUGAAAUGACCUUGUUGUACAGCAUGUGAUGUGAGGAGGUACUGCAAGAUGGGAUUUGUAAUAAGCUAAAUAUGAAUUGAUUUAGUUAUUUUAUUUAUGUAUUUGAUUUUAAAGGAAAACAUUACAUAGCUUAAUUUUAAGGCAUAUGCACAGCUUGUUUGACACCAGUUUUCAAACAUGGAUGGUUUAUUGUCCUUUCAUAAAAACUGCAGGGUGGAGAUCUGGAGUUUAAAAAGCAAUUGCAAUUUCAUCCCCUGUUACAGCUGUAUUGAACUUGACGAGCUAAACAGAGUCCACCUGCUUUAUGAUGCCGUAUGCAUGUCUAAAUAGGUUGACCUGUUCAUGGAAACGUUUGCACCCAUUACACCUGCAUAUUGAAACCCUCAACAUGCAAUGACUGUGCAUUGCUGUGAAUAGCACACACUGUGAAGUCAUGUACUGAAGGUGCCCUUUGUGAAUCAGUACUGUAUGUGGCAGCUCACUGCGGGAGGAAUGAAAAUGUGCCCGGCUGGCUGUGUCUGUGUCUUAGCAUUUUAUGAUGCAAGGAAGAGUGGUUCUUAUUAUAAUACCAUUCUUCCAUAUAUCUAGAGCAGGUAACACAGGAUAGAUCAGCACCAUCUAGUGAUACAGCAGCUGGGGCAAUGGCAGACAACUAGAACUGAAGAGCUGAGCUCAUAGUCAAAGCACCCUAAACACAGUCUGCUAUCAAAACAAGAAUAAUCCAAUAAAACACCUUAGACACAGUCUACUAUCAAAACAAGAAUAAUUCCAAUAAACACAGUCUACUAUCAAACAAGAAUAAUCCAAUGAUAAUGAGAACCAUUCAGAACGACUGCGAACAACACAAGAGAAUCAAUCAACGUUGACCAGGCUGGCUAUAGAAGACUUUGCACUGCAGUAUCAAUGCUGACCAGGUUGGCUAUAGCAGACUUUGCACUGCAGUAUCAAUGCUGACCAGGCUGGCUAUAGCAGACUUUGCACUGCAGUAUCAAUGCUGACCAGGUUGGCUAUACUAGACUUUGCACUGCAGCUAAUUGGUGGUCAAUAGGUAUACUUACAAUUUGACAAAUCCAAUUUCAGCAAGAUGAACUGUAGAAUUAAAAUAUCAAAGAAUUACAUCCUAAAUUAACUUGAAUUGAUGUUGAAAUUCUGUCCUAAAAAAAGUGUCAUAAUUUAAACUCAACCAUCUACAUACUUCUUUUUUUCCAAUUCAAGACAGACGUGUAUCAUUAUGAGGCACCUAUUUAUCUAUUUAGCCCUUCGUUAUUGAAUAAUCAUUAUGAAAAGCAUCUGUGCUGUGCUCCGUACUCAUAGAACUUCCUGUAGGGUACUGCAUGGUGUACAUUAAAACACCUUGAAAUAUUACGCAAAGACCUGUAGUUGCAGUAGAUGAAUGUCAGGUCCCUCACUGUUGUUAUUACUGCUUCUCUCUGCACACACGUGCACAGCUUGUUGUGUGUGUGCAUAUCGUAUUGCUGUACAAGUGGAUGCGUGUUUAAUGUAUCACCCGUUAAUAAAGAUCAGUGCUGCGUUGUUACAAAGCUGAGGUCACACUGUCUGAUUUGGGAGCCAGCUACCUGCAGCUCGACAGGAAUCCGGCUCUCCAGAGAAAAAGCUCUGGGACAAAGCUUUUCACUUUCGAAGAUUCUUUCAAAAUUUAAAACAAUAUUCUUUGAAUUAACUGGAAAAAUGGUAUACUUCUUAUAAUAUUACAAUAAUAAAAAACUCUCCAGAGUAAAAUACACCAAAUGACCUAUUAAAGAAAGGACAGAAACUUUAUUAUUGCAGAUAUUAAUGACAUGAAUGGAUAGGUCAUUUUUGUCCAAGCACUAGAUGGAAAUGGCUAUAUGGGGGGCAAAGAAUCCAUGGGGGGCUCUUGACAUGGAAUAGAGUGAGACCAGUGCUGUAUCUUCUGAGGCUUUUUAAUAAAGAAUAUGUAUUUGAAAUGAACUAUU